UCUGUACAAACUUGUAGCUGGCGAGUCGUAACGUGUUCGUGAAUGUACCAGGCAGCGUGAGCUCCGCCGCCCCCCGCGUUGUGUGAGCUGCGGGCGCCGGAGGGGGCACUCCACUGAUAUCAAAGACUCAUUAAAAAUUGAUGUUAUCAGUAGCUGAUGUUUGUGUGCGAGCGUUUUAUCCGCUCUUGUUCGGAAUUCCCAGUGGCUUGGGUUUAUUUUGUUGGGAGGAAAUGCUACUAGAUUGCGUUUGUUUCGCGUAAUUUGGGUUUGUGCUUACGGAUACUGAAAUUUCACGGGGUUUGUCGGCCAGUCCCGAUUGGAUCCGGGUCUAGUGGUAACAAAUUAACGUUGCAAGUCAACCUCUACUACUAUACUCCAAUUAUCUUAUCUUAAAGAUAACAGUAUGUAUUGCUGAUAAUUGGGUAGCUACAGAUGCAAUGUUAAAAGAAGCAGCAUCCCUAAUAAUGAAGCACACGGUGGCGACCCGGCGCCACCUGACUCCGGAGCUGGUGUUGCGGCUGAUCACUCCCGAGUGUCCGUUGUGGCGAGCUACUGAACACCAGAUACCGUUCAAGGAUCCUUUCUGGGCCUUCUACUGGCCUGGAGGACAAGCCACUGCCAGAUUCAUUUUAGACAAUGCUGAUCAGUUCAAGAAUCGUACAAUUCUGGACGUAGGCUGCGGAUGUGGAGCGGGAAGUAUCGCUGCUGCAAAAGUCGGGGCGAAACGAGUGGUAGCCAACGAUAUUGAUCAUUUUGCUGUUACUGCUACGAAAAUAAAUGCUGGAUUGAAUGACGUCACUAUUGAAACUAGUACAAAUGAUUUGAUCGGCGCCCGCUGUGAAGAAUUUGAUACGAUAUUGAUUGGCGAUAUGUUUUAUAAUGAAGAAUUCGCCAGUCUACUGUUUGAAUGGCUGCUGAGACUGUCCACUAAAGAUGGGAAAACGGUGCUAAUCGGUGACCCAGGCCGUCACGGGCUGACUACAGCCCGACGCCAACAGAUGUCGCUAGCGGCGCGCUACGACCUGCCCGCACACAUUUGUAUGGAAAACCACGGCUUCACACACGCUGAUGUCUGGACGCUUAAUAAAUGAUACUUACUUCAGAAA